AUGUGCGUGAGGGAAAUGGUUGAGGAAGGCCUUACCGUGGAAGAAGCAUGUGCGAAAAUCUACAUGAUAGAUAUCGACGGUCUCAUCACGAAAAGUCGCAUGUCUAAACUAACACCGCGACAUUAUCCAUUCGCAAAAGACAUGGAGGAGACUAAAGAUUUACUUGAAGUUGUCAAAAAAAUCAAGCCUCAUGCCAUUGUUGGUGCCUCGACCAAAGGUGGCGCAUUUACUGAAGAAGUCAUAAAGACGAUGGCCGAAUUCAACGAACGACCGAUUAUUUUCGCUCUGUCAAAUCCGACAGCAAACGCGGAAUGUACUGCUGAAGCUGCUAUUCGUUUAACAGAUGGAAAAGUGUUAUUCGCUUCCGGAUCACCAUUUGAGAACGUCCAAUACAAAGGCAAAACAUACAAGCCAGGCCAAGGCAAUAAUGCCUACAUCUUCCCAGGAAUCGGACUCGGAGCUGUGUUGUUCCGAUCAAAGCACAUUACAGACAAGAUUUUCCUUCUAGCAGCCAGGGAGGUAUCGAAUAGUGUAACCGAGAAAUCUCUGGAGAAAUACUCAAGAGUUUAUCCUCGUCUCAAGGACAUUCGCGAGCUGUCAAUCAAAAUCGCAGUAAUA